UUUGUGAUGCGCAUGCGCCCUUUUUUGUGUACUUCCACUUUGUCUUUCAGACACUACAGAUUUUUACCUUCAACUAGAACAAAAUAAAGUGAUGUAAAGCCACGAUCAUCGACUACAGGUUUACUUUAGUUAUGUCUUUAUACCCGGACCACCCGCUAACAGCAUGGUUUGUUUACUGUGUGUAGCAUCUAUAUGGUAUGACUAGUACGAUGUCAUCCUGUUGACUCUCCAGGACAGACACGAUGGAGAGGCCUGCACCAAAACAGAACGAGCUGUGUGGCAGCUGGGAGAUGAAGGAAAAACUUGGAAUGGGAGGUUUCGGGAAUGUCUACCUUUACCAGCAUCUUCACACGAGUGAGAAGAUUGCUCUGAAACUUUGCCGUCUGGAGCUGAGCCAAAAGAAUAAAGAUAGAUGGAGCAGAGAAAUUCAUAUCAUGAAGAAGCUGAACAAUGUGAACGUUGUUCAAGCCAGAGAAGUUCCAGAAGACUUAGCCUCCAUUGCUUUAAACGACCUACCACUGCUGGCCAUGGAGUACUGCACAAGAGGAGACUUACGCAAGAUGCUGAAUAAACCUGAGAAUUGUUGUGGACUGAAGGAGAGUGAAGUCCUCGCCCUGCUCAGCGACAUUGGUUCUGGUGUCCAGUAUCUCCAUGAAAAUAAAAUAAUCCACAGAGACCUAAAGCCUGAGAACAUUGUCCUGCAAGAGGUUGAUGGGAAGCUUGUUCAUAAAAUCAUCGACUUAGGAUAUGCAAAGGAUCUGGAUCAGGGCAGCCUUUGUUCGUCUUUUGUUGGAACUCUUCAGUAUUUGGCUCCGGAGCUGUUUGAGAGUAAACCCUACACUGCAACUAUGGACUACUGGAGCUUUGGGACGGUGAUUUUUGAAUGCAUUUGUGGCUUUCGGCCAUUUCUGCACCACAUGCAGCCAGUGCAAUGGAUAAGUAAAGUAAAAAACAAGGGUCCUAAAGACAUCAUGGCAAUAGAAGACAUGAAUGGUGAAGUUCGAUUCUCAACGCAACUGCCGUAUCCUAACAAUCUCAGCAAACCUCUGCUGGAACUUGUUGAGUGUCUUCUUCAGAUGUUGCUGCUAUGGGAUCCUGCUUUACGUGGUGGAGGUCUUGAUCCAGAAACAAACAAGCCACACUGCUUCACCGCUAUGCACAGUAUUCUCAAUAUGAAGGUUAUGCAUGUCUUGGACAUGACUUCUGCCCAGCUGCACUCCAUGAUUUUGGGAACAGAGGAGAGUUUGCAUUCCCUGCAGAUUCGUCUGGAGACUCAAACCCAGGCACACAUCCCACCACCGAGUCAGGAGCUUCUGCAGGAGUCGGGAAUGUCACUGGAUCCACGCUGGCCACCAGCUCAGUGUCUGCCAGAUGGUUUAUGUGGAUGGGACAGCUUCAUAGUCUUCCUGUUUGAUAAGAGCCUUACCAAGUACUCUGGACCACUGACUGCCAGGCGUCUUCCAGACAGUGUUAACUUUAUAGUCAGGGAAACAAAGACACAGCUGCCUCUGUCUGCUCUCAGGAAGGUCUGGGGGGAAGCAGUCAGCUACAUACGUGGUUUGAAGGAGGACUACCUGCGCCUGUACCAGGGCCAGAGGGCUGCCAUACUCAGCCUGCUACGUUACAACAGCAACCUGACCCGAUAUAAGAGCGUGCUGCUCUCCCAGUCGCAGCAGCUCCGAGCCAAACUGGCCAUCUUCAAAACCAGCAUCCAGCAUGAUCUGGAGCAGUACACCAAGCAGACUGACACUGGCAUCUCUUCUGAAAAGAUGCUGAAGACAUGGCAAGAAAACGAAAAGAAGGUGGAUGAGUUUAUGGAGGUUGCAGAUGUGAGUCGUCUCGAUGAUGAGAUUGUGGCGCUUCAUUCUGAGAUUGUGGAGCUGCAGAGAAGCCCGUUUGCCAGGAGACAAGGGGACGUGAUGGAACAGCUUGAAAACAAAGCUAUUGAACUCUACAAGCAACUGAAGGCAAAAUGCAAAAGCCCUGACCCUCCACAUGGCUACAGCGACAGCUCAGAUAUGGUGGGGACUAUAGUCCAGAUGGUUCAGAACCAGGACAGAGUGCUAAAAGACCUCUACACACAUCUGAGUAAAAUCCUGAUAUGUAAGCGGCGCAUCGUGGACUUGUUCCCCGAAGUGGAAGGGGCGAUCGUGAAAAUAAAAGCUUCAAAUGCUGAAGUGAUGCAGAUGCAGCUGAAGAGACAGAAGGAGUUCUGGUUCCUUCUAAAGAUUGCUUGUGCUCAAAGGGAUUCUUUAUCUCCGUCAUUUACACAACAAUCCACUGACAGUGAAACUGUUUCUCAGUUGCUUGAUGACAAUCAGCGUUAUAUGGCUCAACUUACGUCGCUGCUUCAGGAUGCCACCCAGGAGAUGGAGCACAGUGUUAUGGAUCAGGAUUGGAGCUGGAUUCAGUUUGGAGCAGUGAAAGUAGACUCCCAGUAGCGGAGAGUUUUUAUACAGCUGAUACUUUAACAAGUGCCUGUUUAAAAUCUGAAAGCGUUUGUUUCCAGAUUGUGUCAUUUAUAAGGUUGCAUUGCUGUAAGGCAGUUCUGGAUGAAACAGCAUCACAAACUCAGCUAUGCAUGGUUUAAAUUAAACACAUUUGCAAAAUGUUCAAAGGUUUAUCUGGCAAUAGUAAUAAUAAUAUUUAUUUUUUGUAGUAUUGAUUUAAGUUGAACUGUGCUAAUGAUAAAUUGUGCAUGUGAAUAAAUUUGUACAACUGUGUGGAACAUUUACAGUGCUUUGACUCUCAUAAUAUAUAUUUUAGUGCAACACAGUUGAACAUAUUUAUUUUUUAUCUCAUUUAAUUCAAAAGCAAAACAGAUGAAAUUGGCUGCUCAUAUUUAAAAUUUUAAGUGGGUAAAAAACAAAUUCUGAGAAAAUGUAUAAAAGACUUUGGUGAAGAGACAGCUGCAGGUGAAGAUUAAAACAAACUCAGUUGGGCAAUUUGCAUUAACUGAAAUGCUGAUUGAAUAAUAAAAAAACAAAGACAUUUUGAUUAUUUCAAAUGUCCAGUUUGACCAGGAAGAGAAAAAAUAUUGAUCUUUCCCUCAAUUCUAUUCAUAUUCUCUCUCUCUUUCAUGGCAUUUUUAGUCAAUAUUUAUUUUCAUGUGAAACAUGGUUUUGUCUUUUUUUUAUCUUUUUCAAAAAUAAUUUUUUUUAGUUUUAGUUUUUGUGAACGCCCCAUGAUUACUGUCUUGAGAGGUGCUGUAUAAAAGAUUGUUUUCUUUCUUUCUUAAUAAAUGUCAAAACAGUG